CAGUUGUAGCAGUAUUUAGUAAGAAGAAAGGAAGAGCAAGAUCACCAUUGCCCUCAAGCUCUAGUAGCUUAGAAGCUACUAAUCAGGUAGUAGAGAUAGUGGUAGGUCAGUUAGUAGAAGCACAAGUAAAAGCACUAGCAGGUCUAGUAGCAAUAGCAGCAGUUCAA